CAGUGUUCACAGCAGGAAAAGCCGAAGAAGGAUAACACUAUUGUCUAUGACAAUCAUGUCUCCCUGCUGCUCAUUAUUAUCGCGACAGGGUGUAACAUGCUUAGCAUACCCACGAACAGGCUUCAAGGCAUCCAUGAUCCAGGCCGACUUGCUGGCAUUCGAUGCCUCUGGACAGGGAGCCUUUGCAGCCAAGAUGCCGGAGCGCCACCACUCCAUCCAGAGGCUGAUGCUCAUAGGCUUGCCAAGACUUUACGGCUUGGACAUCGAUGUCUUGACAGUCGGGACGGCCUAGGGAUCGCCUCGGUUGGAAGGAUCGAUUCUCCUGAGUACCCAGAUGAUCUAUCGAUACUCCGUAUGCUAAAAUUUCUACCCAGCGCGAACCAUGAGGAGGAUAGCGGGCGGCGUUGCGUCGUGCGAUAUACGCCAAUCAGAAUGACAGCGAUCAUGGAAAAGGGUACUACUAGUACUAUGGAGGAACUGCCAUUGGGAACUUGUCCAUGCAGAUGGUUGCAGCCCCAGAGAUUCCCCUCGUGUCUCUCGUUCUACUCCAGGGUCAGCAUCUGCCAGCACAGACAGCUGAAACCCUUGUCUGGUUGGGAUAUAAAUCCACUGUCCUUUAUCUGCCGUGCAUAAUCUCCGGUGACCGUACAUGUUCCAUGCCCUCUAUUUUCCCCGUCCUUCUCAUAUUCUAAUACUAUCCAUGGCGUUGGGUUUCAGCCACUAGCUGGUCAUGUCUAUGUAUAUCUGUGUCCAUUAGAGCACGCGGUUCAAUCACCCUCAUCUGUGUGUCCCUUCACAUUUUGUUUUACUCUGGCCUUUGUUUUUGAGUU